AUGCCUGCCACAUCAAUGUCCACUCUUGCAAGCACACAUCCUAUCCAUGAGGCACUACCCAUCAAGCAAGAGUUUGAAACACUCCACAUGCCAAACUCAAUUCCUGGCAGCACAAUAGUAGGUAACCUACCAUGCAAGUAUGAACCGCAAUCCUCCAGCAAACUGACCCCCAUCACCACCGCAAAUCAGCAACUGAUAAUGGCUACACUAUACAAGAUGCCCAUACAUGGGACUAACAAGGCACUGAAGUUCAAUGGGACUACAGAAAACCUUGUAGAUUUCAUCGACAUCUACAAAGGACACACUGAUGAAGUAGGCCUCCUUGGGCUCAACCACAUCAAGGGUAUCAUUUGCUACCUACCCCCAAGUGAAAGGGAGCUACAGGGUGGUGUGACAAUCAUAUUGACUCUAGCCUGCAGAUGUGGAUUGCCAGAAGCAAGGCUUAGCAACUACAAGGCAUUCAUCAAGGAAGUCAAGGAAUCCCAAGUGAUGUCCAGAUGCAGAUCCACAUGCCUAAUUAAGUAUCCUGACCACCACCCAUGGGAGCCACACCCAUACAUGCAUGUCUUCAAAGCCAGGCAGUUCCUACUACUGGCCACAGCCACCUCACCAGUGACACAGACCAGUGCGCUAAUAACAGACCUCAUGAGCUUAGUUGCAAUGCCCAUGUCCACACAGCAACUAGUGCAAGGCUCUGUAAUGAAGUGUGAGUAUCAGUAUAGGGAUGGUAACAUGCCCCCACGAGAUGACUGCAUAUUCUGUGGCAGUCUUGAACACUUUCUCAGCCAAUGCCCAGAAAAGUUAAGGUAUAUCAAAGCAGGCAAAUGCAAGCUCAGCAACACAACCCAGAGACUAGUUCUACUGAGCAGUGAUUACAUCCCCAGUAGGGAAGGGUUGCUUAAGGAACAUAUAGAUCAGUAUCAUGCCAAUCACACCGUGAAAGAGGUGCUGCCUAACUCUAGCAUUACCAUGGGCCUCUUCUACUGUGUGUUGCCAGACAUUGAGGUUGUAUUAGACAUUGGCUCAUCUGCAUUUGUCCAUACCACAGAAUCCAAGUCAGAGAUGGAUGAAGACAAUAGAGAAGUGAUGUGUGCAACAUAA